CUAUUGAUCUCCUGAAACACAUACUGACUAAACACGGCAAUACACUAGCUAUUUUUCUCUUAAACUAUUUUUUUCCCUUUGUUCCACCUCCGAGACUAUUUUUUUCCCCACUUGUUCUCUGACCCUACCUCUCUCUCGGUCGUUUGCGAUUUCUCUUCUCUCUCGUAUUCUAGGGUUUAUCCGAGCUCUUUGGCCCCAAUGGAAGUCGGGGAUUGGGCACCGCUCGCCGGAGCGGAGAUCCACGGUUUUCAGACAGCAGCAGAUUUGCAUGUAGAGAAGUUAAUGGAAGAUGGCGCAACAAGGUGGUUUCGGCCUAACGAAGUCCAUGCAAUACUGUCUAACUACACGCGCUUUAAAAUCCAACCCCAACCUUUUGAUAAUCCAAUGAGUGGAACCAUUCUAUUGUUUGAUCGUAAAAUGCUGAGGAACUUUCGUAAAGAUGGCUAUAAUUGGAAGAAGAAAAAAGAUGGGAAGACUGUUCAAGAAGCCCAUGAAAAAUUAAAAAUUGGAAAUGAAGAAAGAAUCCAUGUUUAUUAUGCUCGUAGGGAGGAUGAUCCUAACUUCUACCGAAGGUGUUACUGGCUGCUUGAUAAGAAUUUGGAGCACAUAGUUCUUGUACAUUAUCGUCAAACAUCAGAGGACAAUUCAUUUCAGCAUCUUCAAACACCAGUAGAAUGUACAGAUACUUUAUCCUUGACAAACAGGAUGCAUCAUGGUUGUCCAUCAACACCAAUGAAUUCUACUUCUGGUUCAGCUCAUUCAGAGUUGUCUGGUUCUACAGUUACAUCAGAAGAAAUCAACUCCAGAGAGGAUCAUGCAACCUACACUGGUUCUGGUAUAUCUCUGGCUGAUAAUUGUACUGAACUUCAGAAUCAUGAGUCAUGUCUUCGUGAAAUCAACACACUGGACUGGGCAGAUCUGGUGGAGCCCCCAACUUUCAGUGAUUCUGUAAUAUGUAGAGAGGGCGAUGCUUCAUCUCCCAACCAACAGACGCCAAAUGGGUUUAGGAAUUCCAUAAACAAUGAUAGCUUUCUUCCAUCUCAUGGUGUAAUUAAAGGAGUACCUUCUUCUGGGCAUCCAACUGAUGUUAUUAAUUGUAAUGGAGUCUCUGUAGUUAACCACAUAAACUGUGGUUACUUUCAAGCAGCAAAGGAUCCGGAGAGCGGGUCACCACUGUUUAAGACUAUGAAUCCAACUUCCCAAGUGGCAGACCUUAAAUUAGAUGCUGUUCCUAGCUGUGCAAGUCCAGAUAUUUUAACUGGUGAUGUCUUCCUUACUCAGAACAGUUUUGGAAGGUGGAAUCGCAUGAAUGAUGAUACCCUUGUCUUAUUGGAUGAUCAACUUGAAGCAAGUUCAGGUGGUGACAAGUCAAAUGAUUUUACAAUAAUGAACCAGUCCUCAACUCCAGAACAAAUUUUUAGUAUAAUUGACAUCUCACCUGGAUGGGCUUAUUCCACAGAGGAAACCAAGGUCCUUGUUGUUGGACAUUUCAAUGAACCAUACAAACAUCUACUGGCAUCCAAUAUCUAUUGUGUCUUUGGUGAGAUGCAUGCUUCUGCAGAGAUGAUUCACGCUGGUGUCUACCACUGUAGCGCAAUGCCACAUCCACCAGGGACGGUGAAUUUUUUUGUGACUUUGGAUGGCUAUACACCAAUUAGCCAAGUUUUGAGUUUUGAUUAUCGGUCAGUGCCGUGUGUUCAACUGAAUGGAGGGGUUGCUUCAUCAGAAGAUGACAACAAGCUAAAGUGGAAAGAAUUUCAGGUGCAGACAAGACUUGCUCAUUUGCUUUUUUCUUCAACCAACAAUAUUAUUCAAUCCAACAGGAUGCAAUCAAAAUCUCUAAAUGAAGCAAAAAGAUAUGCAUCAAUUACCUCUCCUUUAUUGGACAAGGACUGGAUUAAUCUGCUCACACUAAGCAGCAACAUUGAUGCCUCAUAUGGACCAGCUACUCAAGACUUGUUUGAGCUGGUUUUGAAAAAUAAGUUGCAAGAAUGGCUUUUGGAGAAGGUAGCUGAAGGUUGUAAAACAACUGCCUAUGAUAGUCAAGGUCAAGGAGCCAUCCACCUGUGUGCUAUUCUAGAUUAUGCAUGGGCUGUUCGUUUCUUUUCCUCGACAGGCAUGUCUUUGGAUUUUCGAGAUGCUUCUGGGUGGACAGCCCUGCAUUGGGCAGCAUAUUGUGGGAGGGAAAAAAUAGUUGCUGCUCUUUUAUCGGCUGGGGCAAAUCCGAGCUUGGUAACAGAUCCUACUCCAGAAUCCCUCGGAGGAUGCACUGCUGCUGAUUUGGCAUCAAAACAAGGGUAUGGAGGCUUGGCUGCCUAUCUUGCAGAAAAAGGAUUAACUGCACAUGUCCAGGCUAUGUCCUUGUCGGGGAACAUAACUGCACCAAUGCCACCUAGUCCAACCAACCAAGUGAACUCUGAGAAUGUAUAUCCUGAGAACCUUACUGAGCAAGAACUCUGUCUAAAAGAAUCAUUAGCAGCCUACAGAAAUGCUGCUGAUGCAGCAGGUCGUAUACAAGCUGCAUUUAAGGAGCGCAUUUUGAAGCAACAAAUGAAAGCGAUUCGGUUGGUCAAACCUGAAAUUGAAGCCGCCCAGAUAGUUUCUGCUCUAAAGAUUCAGCAUGCCUUCCGCAAUUACAGUAGACGAAGGACGAUGAGGGCUGCUGCACGAAUACAAAGCCAUUUCCGCACCUGGAGGAUUCGAAGGAAUUUCCUUAAUAUGCGUAAACAAACUAUCAAGAUCCAGGCUGCAUUCCGAGGUCACCAAGUGAGAAGGCAAUACUGCAAAAUUUUAUGGUCAGUUGGAGUGCUCGAGAAAGCAGUUUUGCGUUGGCGGUUGAAGAGGAAGGGCUUACGCGGUAUUCGAGUUGUACCAAAAGAAGCAAUGAAAGUGGAUACGGAAGAAGAAAGCACUUCAGAGGAGGAAUUUUUCAAAAUUAGUAGGGAGCAAGCUGAAGAACGCAUGAAAAGAUCAGUCGUAUGGGUCCAAGCUAUGUUUCGUUCACAUCGAGCGCAACAAGAGUAUAGAAGAAUGAAGCUGGCCCAUGAGCAGGCAAAGUUGGAAUUUGGUGAGCUAGGUCGACAGCCAUAGGCAGAUAUUUGGGGCUGGAGCUGUCCAGGGUGGGUAGCAAUUCUUCUGAGCCUACUACUUCUGUACAAAAAUAUUAGUUCCAACGUGCUCAAAUAGGUGUACAGCGGACUCUGUUGAACUAAUUAAGUGGAAUUUGGGUUGUUUUACUCUGGUGAGCCAUAUGAGCAUUGUACUCCAUGGUAUUUUUAUGGGGCUGAUCCAUGGAAACUGUUGUCUCAUGGAAAGAGAGGGCUGUGAAAAUGUUCAUUUUGUUUUAAAAUAUUUUCUAUCUCCUAUAUGAAUUUCUUGAGUUGCUGUCAACCUAAAUUUAAUAUAUAAACAUGCCUUUGAAUGUUUGCAAAA